CUCCUAUUGGCCGUGAACGCGGAAGUGAGUGGAGCACUUUUGCUAACAACAACAGUGCAGCUCUGUCUCCGUGUUCAGCACCGGCUGGAAACCAGGACCGAACAGGACCGAACAGGACCGAACACACAUGGCUCUGCCGGCCCAGCUCAAAGCCAUCCAGCACCACCUGCGGACGGCGCAGGAGCACGACAAGCGGGACCCGGUGGUCGCCUAUUACUGUCGGCUCUAUGCCAUGCAGACCGGCAUGAAGCUGGACAGCAAAACACCAGAGUGCCGAAAGUUCCUGGUCAAACUCAUGGACCAGCUGGAGACGAUGAAGAAGGAGCUCGGUGACAACGACUCCAUCAAUCAGGAGGUGGUCGGCAACGCCCACAUCGAGAACUACGCCUUAAAGAUGUUUCUGUACGCCGACAACGAGGACAGAGCGGGACGCUUCCACAAGAACAUGAUCAAGUCUUUCUACUCAGCCAGUCUGCUGCUGGAUGUCUUGUCUGUGUUCGGCGAGCUGUCAGAGGAGAACAUCCAGCACAGGAAGUAUGCCCGCUGGAAGGCCACCUACAUCCACAACUGUCUGAAGAACGGCGAGACGCCUCAGGCUGGACCCAUUGGUAUGGACGAGGACGAGGAAGCAGGUGAGUAUGGAGCUGAAGGUUUCUCAGGCCAAGGUUUCUCCUAUGGAGCUUCCUUCAGAGGUGAUCAGAACCAGAGUUUGGGUCCAGGUCAAGCCCCAGGGAUCGGCUUUACUCCCAGUCCAGGAUCAGGGCCGUCGGGUCCCCCCAACACCAACUUUAACAACAUCCACAUCCCACCAGGUGCCCAUGCACCUGCCAACACUCCAGCCGAGCUGCCUCCACCCACAGCAGACGCGGCGGUUAAACCAGUGCCUCUUCCCCGAUCAGUGCCCACUGUUGACCCCACACUGCUCAACGCCCAGCAGCAGGGCGGCGUUCAGCUCUCCCCGGAGGACUUCACCAAAGCCCAGAAGUACUGCAAGUACGCCGGCAGCGCCCUUCAGUACGAGGACGUCGGCACAGCGAUCCAGAACCUCCAGAAAGCCCUGAAGCUCCUCAGCACAGGCAAAGAAUGAAGCCUUUGUCCUCUCUGGUCUGAUCCCUCCAUCCCUCCUUCCUUCCAUCCCCCUCUUUUCUCCCCAGCAGCGUCGCUCUAUCUGUCUGAUCUGACCAAUAGGAAGCCGAGGACGCGCACACACACACACAUACGCACACACACACACACACACACACACACACACACACCAAGGCCGGCCUGUGAAGAGAGACGUUCAGCUCGCCGUCAGAGGACAUGAUGGAAAUCAGUGUGUAACAAUGGCUGCCUGUCUGACGCUGCGUCGCGCUGACGAACACGUCGACUGUUUUUAAUUAUUAGAGAAGACAAAAGAUUCAUUAUUCUACAAAAUAAUCUGAAGUCGGUUAUUAACCGCGCCGUGUACGACCAAAUCGAAACGAAACAUUCAGACGAACCCGUGAACGUUCAGAUCAAAGUUCUGAUCCGUCUCCUGUCUCCGCUUUCCUGUCGAUUGAUGGAAAUCAAUAAAAGUGAAUGAUUUCAUGUCGAGCGCGAAGCUCUCGUUUACAUCGCACAGCACGCCGUGUUGACGUCCGCACGCCGUGUUGACGUCGGCCUUUUCCUCCGACGUCACGCUCAGGACGGGAAGUGUAAAUGGAGUUACGCCGGGACGUAUUUCAAAUGUAAAACAACAUUUUAUCACUCGCCGUGUUGCACAAUACGACCGCAAAGACUUUUGACAAACGUUUUCCUGCAGACUUCAUGAGUGUGCGUUGAUUUAUCAGCUGUGGUCUAACUGUAGGUAACUAGUUAUCAAAUAUGUUGUUUCACCUUGAAAUACGUCUGACUGAUUGUCCACGUUUAUACGACCCUGAACGCAGCAGUGCGACUUUUGAGCUUCCCGUCCUGAACGCGACGUGUGAACGAGAUGAACAAAUUAACAAUUUAAUGCAGGAAAAUAUCUCAGUGAUGACUGUCGGCUCUGAUUUCAGGUUAAUGGACAGAUCAAUAAUUAAAUAUAUCAGGAUCACAGGAUCAAUAAUUCGGUACAAAUAUAUAAUCAUUACAUUUAAUUUGUCCCCACUGCUUCCAGUCUUUAUGCUAAGCUAAGCUCAUUGCCACCUGGCUCAGCAUGUUUCUGAUGAAAACUAACGAGGACACUAAAAGACGACGAGCUGGAGCAGAGUUUAAAUCUUUGAGUUCGUUUACAAGCCGCGUUUCUUUUAAACUGAACAAAUUGAUCUUGGUCCGUAGAGUUUCUGUCUUCUGUCUGUGAAGAACGUCUUCGAGCGUCUCGUCAUGUUUAAUGUAACUACACGUUCACUGGUUUUACGACAUGAAACUGUCGCAUCUGUUCAGAGGGAAGGAACUUUACGAUCCGCUGAAUCAAAGUGCUGUUGGGGUGUCGGAGUCGACUCUGACUUUUCUUCUGUUUGAAUGUGGUGACGUCACUUUGUCUGAGGGGGGCGCUGUUUUCUUUUCUGCUUUCUAUUUAACAUUCAAGUUUCUCUGAUUUUAUUUUAGUGGGACUUUGAAAGUUUUCACAAAGUCGCAGCGAGAUGUCGAAAUGUCCGAAUCAGUUUGAAUAAAACAUUUGAAACGAUGA